AUGACUGACGAAGCUCCAGACUUUGCUCUAGUUUCAACGAAGCUUGGUGUCAAAGAGUCAGUUCUUCGCAUAUUAAUGGAUCAAGCUCCAUAUACUGAUACUGCCCUCUGGAUUAUGGCUGCAGAAAGCAAUGAUGCGUUUUGGGAAAGAGUAAAUUCUCUUCCACCUCUUAUUGUUUUAGAACUUCACAAGCAGGAACUUCUUGUAGAGUUAACUGGCAAAGAUUUUCCAGAUGGUUCUAUUGAUCCAUUUGUUUUUGAUUAUUUCCAAGCAAAUUGUAUUUCAUCAGACAUCGAGCCAAUACCAGCAAACCCAAUCGCAAUUCCAUUAACAACACCAGAAAUGAUCGUUGAUCUUCUACAAAAUACAAAAGGUUGGUCAUACGAUGAAGAAGAGAAGCUGUGGAACUGUGCAGACAUUCUCUUCGAUGUAGAAGCUCUCCAAUACAUGUGUGAUGCAUAUAUUGGCAACGGAAAUACAUGGAUAAAUUGUCCAUACGAACCAAUAAGAAAUGAAUACUCAAGAAUUGCAGAAUAUAUCGAAAAAAUAGAUCAAACAUUCUCUCCAGCAUUAUCCGUUAUAUGGCGUAAGCUUAGACAAUUCAAAUAUUGCAACUCUCGUGAAUUUGUCCGCGAUAUGGCUUUAAUGCUUCCAAGAUCAGACUUAAAAGAGUUUGAUUCUUUCGAAAUAGCACCUGCCAUUGUUAAAGCGUUAGGACAACUUAUGGUUGACGCAGAAAAUAUUGUUCAUCAGAAUUUAGUUCCUUCUCCUCAUCCACCAAUUGACGACAUUACGAUAUCUAAAGCCGAAGCUCUUUCAGCUCAAAUGGCUCUUCCUUUCCCACAAAGAACUGCUUUCGCAUUAACUCCUUCUAUGAUCAGCGCUAGACUUGGAACAACAGCAGAAACAGGACAAUACGAAAAAGGAUCUCUUGCAGAGUUACUUUUCUGUGAUUCUGAAGGCCAACCCAUUCCUUUACCUUAUCAGAACUGCAGCAUUGAUUUUCCAUCAGCGCCACCAUCAUCAUUCACAAGAGUGGCCUUGAGAAGGUUUGUGUCGCUUGUUAUUAAGGAAAAUGAAUUUAAUUCUGCUCCAUCAUCAGUAAUUGAUAUUUUAACAGAUUUAUCUGAAGGAAUCCUUAAGAAUAUUUCACAGGACGCGAAGAGAAAAUCUAAGAAUCCACAAUUAACACAAAAAGAUAUUGUAAGAAUAACUCUGUCAGAUCUGAACUUAUUGCCAAAUGUUUAA